AUGCAGCUUCGCAGUUUGCUUUCACAACGAGUCACCAGCCUCACCUCUGCCAUCGAUGCUGUCUCACAAAAUUUCUGGCCCUUGAUUUCGCAGCUUCAAUCUGACCUGGCUUCGACAAGACGUGGCCUUACUCAGGUAGCCGUUGGCAUUAGUCCGACUCAUGUGAAUUGCGGUAGGCUUGAUCCUCUGGACACAGCUACCUACACCCAAUUAAAUCUUGAUCUGGAUAAGCUGGCUGGCGAAAUAGAUCGUGUUGCUACAGGUCUUGAAGAAUGUCGACUCCAGGGGGAUCGAGCUGUCGAAUUGAUUGUCGAGGGUAUUAGAGGUCAGGGAUUAUCGGAUUCUAAGCGAAGCAGUUGUCGAGUACGCCGGGAAGAAGCUGCAAUGCAAGAGGAGGUGCAGCAAGUGGUGCGAGAAUGUUGGUUCGACCUUGAUUUUGCAACUUGGUCGGAGCGUCAGGGAGAUCUUGUGAAACGUACCUAG